AUUUUUCUCUACAAGAUGGCAUCAAAAUCCGACAAAUUCCUAGAUCAGAUCACGAACGGACGUAGCAGAUAAUUUCACACACCCCAGAGGAUUGGUUGAACCAAAACUAGUGAAAGCGAACUCAUCACGCACAUAGGCUUUACCCACUUUGCUCUUGUUUUAAUGGCGGAUAUUACGACAACUCUCCAACCAAUCUCUUAUUUCACGUCUCCAUACCUUUUCAAGCUUACCCUUUUCUUUAGACGCUCUCUCAUGGCUUCCUUCACCACCCUUUCUUCUCUUUAGUACUCGUUUUCUCUUGCCUUGCUUUCUUCUUGUUGGUCCUGUCUUUUGAGCUGCUGAUUUGUGUUCCCAAUGACUGCUACCAUGGCUUCAGCUUCUUUGCAUUUGGCUGCUCACUUGAGUUCUGGUAACAAGUUUAAAGCUUUGGAGCAUCCCAAGUUUAAAGUUUCUUGCUUUACCCGUUUUGGUGAUAGACCUGUUUGCAGUGCUCUCGGCAGAAGAUUGACAUCUUCAGUUGCUACGAUAAUUCCGCAAGCCUCAGCUACAGCUCUUGAGGGUGGAAGUAACAACGAGACUGACACAGUUCCGACUCCUAAAGUGAUAGUGGAUCUAGAUUCUGAUCCAGAUGCAACAGUGGUGGAGAUAACCUUUGGUGACCGCCUUGGGGCUCUUCUUGAUACUAUGAAUGCACUUAAAAACCUUGGGCUGAAUGUUGUUAAGGCAAAUGUCUAUCUAGACUCCUCUGGAAAACACAACAAAUUUGCCAUCACUAAUGCUUCUACUGGUAGGAAAGUUGACGAUCCAGAGAUGCUUGAGGCAAUCCGUUUGACAGUUAUAAACAAUCUACUUCAGUAUCACCCGGAAUCAAGUUCCCAGUUAGCAAUGGGUGUAGCCUUUGGCGUUGAUCCACCCAAACAGCAGGUUGAUGUGGACAUAGCAACCCGUGUAAAUGUCUCUGAUGAUGGUCCUGAUAGAAGCUUGCUUUAUGUGGAGACAGUGGAUCGCCCAGGAUUAUUGGUUGACCUUGUAAAGAUUAUCACUGAUAUCAACGUUGCUGUUGAAUCAGGAGAGUUUGACACAGAGGGGUUGUUGGCCAAGGCAAAGUUUCAUGUCAACUACAAGGGCCAAGCUCUCAUCAAGCCUCUCCAACAGGUUCUUGCUAAUAGUUUAAGGUAUUUUUUGAGGCGGCCAACAACAGAGGAGGCAAGUUUUUAAGGUGGUGUUGAUGAUUGAAUUUACAAUUAUACUGUCAAAUGAUACUGUACUCCCAAUAAACAUUCACCGGAAUUAUAGAAUGUUGUCACCAUAGUCGCCUUGUAUAACCAAAACACCUUAUGGACAGUAAGUUAGUGAUCUUUUGUUGCAUACUGUAGCCAAAAGGUCAUGACUGAAACAGAAAUUUAUAUGGCAAAUUCUUCAA